UUUAUCAGUAACUAUAGUAAGUUGUGUGAUGUAGUGCUAGCAAUUGCAUACUAUGAUCUCUCGUUAGAAGUCUCAAAACUCAAAGUACAAAUUCGAAAGUUCUAAUUCUGCGUUCAGUUUUAGAUAGUUUAUUUCUAAUUUUUUUAUGAAUAACCAAAAUGUUAAGCAUUGUUUCAAUUUAUUCUUUCAACAUUAAUUGUUAAUUGUUAUUUAUUAUACCACUAAAACAUUUUAAUUCACCUAUAAGAUAAUUUUUAAUUUUUAUAAAAAUGGGUGUACUCCCAUAUUGUUAUGUCCGCUGCUGUAAAGCUUUGAGUAAAAAUCCGAAUUUUACUAAGAUAAUUCACCGUUCGUUUUACAAGAAUUUUGUAAAAGAAGAUGAUACAUGUAUUAAUCGUUUAAAAAACAUUUAUAAAUCCAAAGUCUUACCUCUCGAAAAACAAUAUUUGUUUCACGAGUUUCAUUUGCCUCCAUUAACCGAUCAAGAUUUUGAUGCAAAACCCAUGGUACUAUUUGUUGGUCAAUAUUCUACUGGCAAAACAUCAAUGAUAAGAUAUCUAAUUGAAAAAGAUUACCCUGGUAUUCGUAUAGGCCCAGAACCAACAACAGAUAAAUUUAUGGUGGUCAUGGGUGGUGAUAAUGAACAGUCUAUACCUGGUAAUGCUCUUGUAGCUGACCCAUCUAAACAUUUUUCUGACCUGUCACGAUUUGGAAAUAAGUUCUUAAAAAAACUUAGUUGUGGAAUUGUGAAUACUCCAUUAUUGAAAUCCAUUACUUUUGUUGAUACACCUGGUAUAUUAUCGGGAGAAAAACAAAGAGCUCAGCGAGAAUAUAAUUUUAAUGAAACUUUAAAUUGGUUUGCUGAGCGGUCAGAUAUGAUAGUAUUGACUUUUGAUGCUAACAAAUUGGAUAUCUCAGAUGAAUUGAAAGCAGCUAUUGAUGUAUUGAAAAACCAUGAUAGCAAAUUAAGAAUUAUUUUAAAUAAAGCAGAUACAAUUGAUGCAAGAUCAGUGCUAAGAGUUCAUGGUGCACUCAUGUGGGCUCUCGGAAAAACAAUAGAUUGUCCAGAAGUUCCAAGAGUGUAUGUUGGUUCAUUUUGGGAUCAGCCUUAUCAAAAUGAUGUUAAUCGGACUAUGUUUAAUGAAGAAGAAAAUGACUUAUUUCAAGAUAUGAAAUCUCUUCCACAUAAUUCAUUUAUAUCCAAAUUGAACCAUAUUGGAAAGAGAGCAAAAACAGCAAUUGUACAUGCAUAUAUAAUGAGUGAACUCAAGUCGCGUGUUCCACUAUUAUCAAGAAUUAUAAACAAAAGUAAUCGUCAAAAUGAACUGAUAAAUAAUUUGGAAAAUGUGUUUGCUGAAAUCCAAGAUAAAUACAAAAACCUUAGUGUGGGCGAUUUUCCAGAUGUUGAAAAUAUGAAGGUAAUAUUAAAAGGAAAAGAUUUUUCUUCUUUCAACAAUUUAGAUGAAAAAUUAAUCAAUCGUGCCACAAAUUUACUGGAUGGAUUCAGUAUGGAAAUGACAAUGAAUGAAGUACAAGUACAAAGUAAUGUAAUUCCAUGUAAAAAUGAUGUUUCAACUCCUUUUAAUGCUAAAACUGAAGGGAUUGAUGAAGGCAAAUUUGAUCAAAGAUGGAUUGUUGAAUAUUACAGGGAACCUUUUGACAAUAUUUUUAAUAAACUAGCAAAGAAUGAUGGGAAAGUAAUUCGCACUGCUGCUAAAGAAGAAUUUCUAAAGUCAAAAUUACCCAAUUCAGUAUUAUCCAAAGUAUGGAAAUUAGCUGACCAGGAUGAAGAUGGUCUUUUGGAUUCUGAUGAAUUUGCCUUGGCUAUGUAUCUAAUCAAAAUUAAAUUAGAAGGCUCUGAAUUACCCGAUUCGUUACCAAAACAUUUGUUGCCUCCAUCAAAAAAUGAUAAUCCAAUCAAUAAUAUUUCCUAAAGAUUUAAGAUUUUGAAUAGGCCUACUACAAAAAAAUUUGAAUAACUAACACUGUGAUAUUUUUUACUAUAAAACAUUAUUUUAAUACUAUUAGCUGGAAACUUUUUAUAUAUUAAUAUUUAACAACAAAUAUUAUGAUGUAUUUGUGUAUGUUUGAAUUAGGUUUUAUAAUAUUCAUCAUUUAUUCAUAAUAUAGAAAAAAAAAGUUACCAAAUUACAGGAACCAACU